CGUGUGCAGUUGACUGGUUUGAGAUACAGGGAAGGUGUUAACGUCCUGCAUACGAAGAGCAACUGACCAAGCCACGAAACGGUGAUAGACCGAGUAAACAGAAAAAAAAACUACAGCCCUUCGACCUGGAGGGGGUGAGAUAGAGGAAACGAAAAGCAUCGCAACUGGUUGCAGCGGUCCAGGUCUUGCCAGAAAAUGAACGUCCUGAAAGACAACAAGGACGUCGCCUGUUUCUACACCACCAAGCACUCCUGGAGAGGAAAGUACAAAAGAGUCUUUUCAGUGGGUACCCAUGCCAUCACCACCUAUAAUCCCACGACUUUAGAAGUAACCAAUCAGUGGCCUUAUGGAGACAUCUGUGGCAUCACUCCAGUGGGGAAGAGUCAGGGCACGGAGUUCACCAUCACAUUCCGAAAGAGCAGCAGCAGGAAGUCAGAGACGCUCAAGUUCUCCACCGAGCACCGGGCUGAGCUGCUCACGGAGGCUCUGCGAUUCCAAACAGACUUCAGUGAGGACAGGUUAACAUGCAGGCGCUACAACUGCUACAAGCACCACUGGAGCGACUGUCGGCGGCCGGUGGUACUGGUGGUCACCCCCGGGGGGAUCGACCAGAUCGACCCCCGCACCAACCACCUGCUUGCCUCCUAUGACUACCGCUCCAUAGAGGGCUUUGCGGACGUCUCUGACUACCAGGGUGGCUUCUGUAUCCUGUACGGGGGCUUCAGCAGACUGCACCUGUUUGCCUCCGAACACAGGAACGAGAUCAUUGCCAGGGCCAUAGAGCAUGCUGGGACUUUCACAGGUGUCGCGCUGAAGCGCCGCAAGCAGCCCCUAGACUUCGAGGGCUUCGCCAUGGCGCGGAUGGGGAAGUACAGCGCCGACGACUGCGUCACCUCGCUGGCGGAGUUCAUCGUGCACAAAAUCUCUCCCCGACACGCGGAGCCUGUGAAGAGGAUUCUGGCCCUGACCGAAACCUGUUUGCUAGAGAGGGACCCCGCCUCCUACAACAUCGUCACCCUCAAACCUUUCGGGGAGGUGUUUGCGGUCAUAUGCAAUGCAGACAACCCCCAGGUGUUCACAGUAGAGUUCAUCAAGGGGCAGAUGAGACAGUACUCCUCCACAGAAAGGGACUCCCUGGUGGCCAGCCUGCUGGACGGGGUGCGGGCCUCUGGGAACCGGGACGUGUGUGUGAAGAUGACCCCCACUCAGAGGGCCCAGCGUUGGGGCCUGCUCAGCGUGCCUGUGGAGGAGGAAGUGGAGAGCCUGCACCUCAGGUUUCUCGCCACGCCCCCAAAUGGCAGCUUUAGUGAUGCUGUGUUCAGGUUCAACGCCAACAUCUCGUACAGCGGCGUCCUGCACGCAGUCACGCAAGACGGCCUGUUUUCAGAGAACAAGGAGAAGCUGAUUAACAACGCCGUCGUGGCCCUGCUUUACCAGGAGUCUGACUUGGCAGGGCCCAACGCCGAGCUGGAGAGCCAGUUUCAGGCCAUUCGCCGGCUGGUGGCCUCCAAAGCCGGCUUCCAGGCCUUUAGCCACCAGCCCAAGUUCAGGGAGAAGCUUGGUAUAAAGACGGUCAAGGCGCUCAGGAGGAACAACAACGGCGUGACGCAUGCUGCCAUCGACAUGCUCUGCGCCCUUAUGUGUCCAAUGCACGAUGACUACGACCUUCGCCUUGAACAGCAGAACAAGGCCUCCCUGCUCUCCUCCAAGAAGUUCCUGGAGAACCUUCUGGAAAAGUUCAUCAGCAACGUGGAUCAGGGCACUGGCGCGUUGGUCAUUAGCUCCCUGCUGGACUUCCUGACCUUCGCCCUCUGCGCCCCCUACAGUGAGACCACCGAGGGCCAGCAGUUCGACUCACUGCUGGAGAUGGUGGCCUCGCACGGCCGGACGCUCUUCAAACUCUUCCAGCACCCCUCCAUGGCUAUUGUAAAGGGAGCCGGGCUGGUCAUGAAGACCAUUAUUGAGGAAGGGGAUCAGGAGAUGGCCAGUAAGAUGCAGGAGCUGGCUCUGAGUGAGGGAGCUCUGCCCAGACACCUGCACACGUCCAUGUUCACUGUCAGCACUGACCAGAGGCUGCUCACCAACAGGCAGUUGAGCCGUCACCUGGUGGCACUGUGGACAGCAGAGAACAGCACAGCCAUAAACCUGCUCCGGAGGAUACUGCCAACAGGUCUGCUGUCGUACCUGGACAGCUCGGAUCCUGUGCCUGAGAAAGAGAUGGACAGAGUGAACGUCCGGGACAACGUCAAGAUCGCCACGGACCAAUUAGUGCACAGCAAGGUGCCUGAGUGGCAGCGGCUGGCAGGGAAGGCGGCCAAGGAGGUGGAGAGGUUCACCAAAGGGAAGAUGGACGUGGUGCUAAUGCACUGGAGGAACCGCAUAGGCAUCGCACAGAAAGAGGACAAGAAUAACUUGAACCCAAACCAAAAACCCGUGGUGUUGAGGAAGAGGAGACAGAGGAUCAAGAUCGAGGCCAACUGGGAGCUCUUUUACUACAGGUUCCAGCUGGACCACGCGCGGCCCGACCUCAUCUGGAACCUGAAGACCCGGGAGGAGCUGCGGGAGGCUCUGGAGGGGGAGAUGCGCUCCUUCAGCAUGGACCGAGAGCUGGGAAGCGCCAGUGUGAUAUCCUGGAACCACCAGGAGUUUGAGGUGAAGUACGAGUGCCUUUCGGAUGAGAUUAAGAUUGGAGAUUAUUAUCUGCGCCUGCUGUUGGAGGAGGACGAGAACGAAGAGUCCGGGGCCAUCAAGAGAUCGUACGAGUUCUUUAACGAGCUGUACCACCACUUCCUGCUGGCGCCCAAGGUCUCCAUGAAGUGCCUCUGCCUGCAGGCCCUGGCCAUCGUCUAUGGGAAGUGCCGCGAGGAGAUCGGCCCCUUCACUGAUACCAAGUACAUCGUGGACAUGCUGGACCAGUGCACAGACAGGCUGGAGAGAGACAGACUCAUCCUGUUCCUCAACAAGCUCAUCCUGAACAAGAGGAACGUGCAGGAGCUGAUGGACGCUAAUGGUGUGCGCAUUCUGGUGGACCUGCUGACGCUGGCUCACCUCCACACCAGCCGAGCCACUGUCCCCCUGCAGAGUAAUGUGCUGGAAGCUGCACCAGACAUGAAGAGGGAGAGUGAGAAGGAGUGGUACUUCGGGCAUGUUGACAAGGAGAGGAUCGGCCCCUUCAGCUUCGAGGAGAUGCAGGAGUUCUGGGACUCUGGGAUUCUGACAGAGAAGACGCGCUGCUGGGCCCAGGGCAUGGAUGGGUGGCGCCCCCUGCAGGCCGUCCCGCAGCUGAAGUGGUGCCUGAUGGCCAGUGGGCAGGCGGUGAUGAACGAGACAGACCUGGCCACACUCGUCCUCAACAUGCUCAUCACCAUGUGCUCCUACUUCCCCAGCAGGGACCAGGACAAUGCCAUAAUCCGGCCACUGCCUCGGGUGAAGAGACUGAUGAGUGACAGCACCUGUCUCCCCCACAUCGUCCAGCUGCUGCUGACCUUUGACCCCAUCCUGGUGGAGAAGGUGGCCAAUCUGCUACAUCUGGUGAUGCAGGACAACCCCAGCCUGCCCCGCCUCUACCUCACCGGAGUCUUCUUCUUCAUCAUGAUGUACACUGGCUCCAAUGUGCUGCCAGUGGCCCGGUUCCUGAAGUACACUCACCUGAAACAAGCCUUCAGAUCUGAAGAGGCCAAAGAUCAGGACAUGGUCCAGCGCAGCGUCCUCGGCCCUCUGCUGCCGGAGGCCAUGGUCUGCUACCUGGAGAACUAUGAGGCCGAGCGCUUCUCCGAGAUCUUUCUGGGCGAGUUCGACACGCCGGAGGCUAUCUGGAGCAGUGAGAUGAGGCGGAUGAUGAUCGAGAAGGUGGCAGCCCACCUGGCUGACUUCUCCCCGCGGCUGCAGAGCAACACCAGGGCCCUGUACCAGUACUGCCCCAUCCCCGCAGUCAGCUACCCCCAGCUGGACCACGAGCUCUUCUGCAACAUCUACUACCUCAGACACCUCUGCGACGUCAGCCGGUUCCCCAACUGGCCCAUCCGAGACCCUGUGAAGCUGCUGAAGGACACCCUGGAGACAUGGAAGAAGGAGGUGGAGAAAAAGCCUCCCUCCAUGUCUGUGGAUGAGGCCUAUGAGGUUCUGAACCUGCCUGAGGGACAGGGCCAGCACGAGGAGAGCAUGAUAAGGAAAGCCUACUUCAAACUGGCGCAGAAAUACCAUCCAGACAAGAACCCAGAGGGCAGGGACAUGUUUGAGAAGGUGAACAAGGCCUACGAGUUCCUGUGCUCCAGGUCGACCCGCAUCAUUGACGGGCCCGACCCCGAGAACAUCAUCCUCAUCCUCAAAACCCAGAGCAUCCUCUUCAACAGGCAUUGCCAAGAGCUGGAACCCUACAAGUACGCCGGCUACCCCAUGCUCGUCAAGACCAUCGUCAUGGAGACAAGUGACGAGCAGCUGUUUUCCAAGACCUCCCCCCUGCUGCCUGCCGCCACAGAGCUGGCCUUCCACACUGUCAACUGCUCCGCCCUCAACGCCGAGGAGCUGAGGAGAGAGAGCGGCAUCGAGGUGCUGCUGGAGGCCCUGUCCCGAUGUGUGGCUGUGCUUACUGCUUCCAGCAAGCCUGAAGACAUGGCAGUGCAGGUGUGUGGGCACAUCUGUAAGUGUUACAGCGUAGCAGCGCAGUUCAGGGAGUGCCGGGAGAAGAUCAUCGAGCUGCCCAGCAUCGUCCGGGACCUCUGCCAUGUUCUGUACUACGGCAAGGGCGUGCCCCGCGUGGCUUCUCUGGCGGUGCAAUGCGUCAGCUCCUUCGCAGUUGACCCCACGCUGCAGAGCUGCAUGUACCAGGCCGGUGUGCUCUGGCACCUGCUGGUCUACCUCUUCAACUACGACUACACCCUGGAGGAGAGCGGCAUUCAGAAGAGCCAGGACACCAACCAGCAGGAAGUGGCCAAUAGCCUGGCCAAGCUGUGCUUCGUGUCCCUCAGCCGACUGGGGGGUUACGGGGCGGGGCAGGAGGACGGGGCGCCCCCGCAGAACCCCUCGGUCAGGAAGAGCCUGGCGGCCAUGCUCACGCCCUACAUCUCCCGCAAACUGGGCUCCGGCUCGCCCGCCGAGGUUCUGAAGCUGCUGAACAGUAACUGUGAAAGCCCCUACCUGAUCUGGAACAAUGGCACGCGAGCCGAGCUGCUCGAGUUCCUGGAGGAGCAGCAGGAGAACAUUAUCAAGAGGGGAGAGUGUGACCAGAGCCUCGGGGCAGAGUUCCUGUUCAGCGACCACAGCAAGGAACUGAUCGUGGGCGAGAUCUUCGUCCGAGUCUACAACGAGCAGCCCACCUUUCCCCUGGAGUUCCCCAGGGCGUUUGCAGCCAGCCUGCUGGACUACGUGGGCUCUCAGGCCCAGUACCUGCACACCCUGCUGGCCCUGACCCAGGCCAGCCAGCUGGAGUCCCAGCAGCACACCCAGAGACUGCGCUGGGCCGAGAUGGCUCUGGAGGCACUGCGCAAUGUCAUCAAGAACAACCCGGGUUCCGAGGUGGAGUGCAUCGGGCACUUCAAGCUCCUCUUCUCCCUGCUGCGGGUCCAUGGGGCGGGGAAGGUGCAGCAGCUGGCCCUGGAGGUAGUGAACACUGUCACAACAAACCAAGAGUGCGUGAACAACAUCGCCGAGGCCCUGGUGCUGUCCAACCUUCUGGUGCUGCUCCACUCCUUGCCCUCCAGCAGACAGCUGGUGCUGGAGACCCUGUAUGCCUUGAGUUCUAGCACAAAGAUCAUCAAAGAGGCUAUGGCUAAAGGUGCUCUCAUCUACCUGCUGGACCUCUUCUGUAACUCCACCCACCCCCAGGUGCGCUGCCAGACCGCAGAGCUCUUCUCCAAGAUGAUCUCGGACAAGCUGGUGGGACCCAAGGUGCGGCUGACGCUACUGCGCUUCCUGCCUGGCGUCUUCAUGGACGCGAUGAGAGACAACGCCGAGGCGGCCGUGCAGAUCUUCGAGGGCACGCACGAGAACCCCGAGCUCAUCUGGAACGACAGCUCCCGGGAGACCGUCUCCUCCACCGUCCGCGAGAUGAUGCUUGAGCACUUUAAACAGCAGAAGGAUAAUCCUGAUGUCAACUGGAAGCUGUCGGAGGACUUCACAGUGGCGUACGGGGCGGGGCAGGGUGAGCUGGAGGUGGGCGGAGUCUUCCUGCGAAUCUUCAUCGCCCAGCCAGGCUGGGUACUACGCAAGCCUCGCGAGUUCAUGGUGUCCCUGCUGGAGACCCUAACAGAGCUGCUGGAGAAAAACGACCCCAAUGGUGAGGCCCUGGAGACGGUCACCACGGCAGCCGUGUGUCUCUUCAGCACUCAGACCCAGCUGGCCGAUCAGGUGCCACCCCUGGGCCACCUGCCCCGCGUCCUGGCAGCACUCUGCCACACCAACAACGCCGUGCCCAAGAGUGCCAUCCGCCUCAUCCACGCGCUCUCUGACAACCAGCUGUGUGUGCAGUCCCUGGCCUCCCUUGAGACCAUUGCUCCGCUGAUGAGAGGGAUGAAGGUGCGGCCGGAUAUGGCAGGGCUGGCCUGUGAGGCGCUCAACCACAUGUUCCAGAAAGAGCAGACCCACCUGGUGAAUCAGGCCCUGAAGGCGGGUCUGGUCCCCUACCUGCUGCAGAUGUUGGAGGGUGUGGGCCUGGAGCGGCUGGAUAACCCCUCUGCCAUCAAGGCUCAAAUCGUCAAAGCGCUCAAGUCCAUGAUGCGCAGCCUGCAGUAUGGAGAGCAGGUGAAUGAGAUCCUCUCCCGAUCCACCGUGUGGAGCGCCUUCAAAGAGCAGAAACACGACCUGUUCAUCUACGAGUCUCAGGCAGCUGGGUACCUCACAGGUCCGGGGGUGGCGGGCUACCUGACAGCCGGGACAGGCUCCACGGUGAUACCCAAUGCGCCGCCCCCUGUGGACAACGAAAACGGAGACCAGGGCUGACCCAGACCGCGGGCGGACAGACGGACUGCCCCCACGGCCUCUGAAUGCAGCUCUCUCAGCCUGGACACAGACGGAGAUAGGAGAUGCCAGUGCUGGAAGGCUAGGACCAGCACACACUCCCCUCACACCAUCCCAAAUAUCUCCCAUGCCCUCAGAACUGCACAUUCUUUUUUUAUCAUUUGAACAGACAGUGGCAGUUUGAUAUUGCUUGGAUCUCUGUAGCGGCAGGAGAAGCAAAGCUUACCUUCAUGUGUCUGAAUUUUGUACAUAUUCCUUUGUGGAGAAAAUCAGGCAAAGAUUGACGACAUCGCCCGGCAUCGGUCUGUCUCUUUCUCUGCUACCUCACUCAUGACACCAGCCAAUCCACAUGCCAAUAUCAUUUUUCACAUAUAUUUUUUUUAUUAUUUAAAAUGUUUUUGUUGUUCUAAAUGCUGAAGCUAAAAGGAGAAAUUAAUUCCACAAGGCGUGGAAUCAAGAAGGAGCAUGCGUCUAGAUGUGGUUCGGUUAGCCCCACAGGGUGUACCCCUGUGAUCUCCCCUCUGAUCCAGU